AUGUCCAACCAAAUGAAGUCUGCUCACCUUGCCGAUACCAUGGAGGUUGAGAAGCCUCCACUGAAGCCGUUCACUGUCUGGUCGGCCAUGUCACUGGGCUAUUCGAUCUCCAAUUCCGGCUUGGGUAUGGUGCUGGUCGUUGGAAGCGCAGCUUUCGGCGCGGGACCCCUGUUCAUCUACGGCACUAUUCUGAUCACCGCCAUUACCUUCUGUGUUGCCAUCACAUUGGGUGAGCUGGCCUCAGCUUAUCCGCAUUCGGGUGCUCAGUACUUCUAUGUUGCAGAGCUUGCAUCCGAGCAAAAACGUCGCUUUUUGUCGUACAUGACAGGCAUUAUCUCCUGGGCAGCAGUUGUCUGUAUCGGCGCUUCGGCGUGCUCGGCACUCUCAAAUACUACAUUCGCCCUCAUUGCACUCACACGACCUGACUUCGAAUAUAAGCAGUGGAUGGGCUUUCUCGUGUUUGUGGGGGCCAAUUGGACCGCUACUAUAAUGGUCAUUUUCGAGCGCUUCAUCCCAGUUAUGUCCAGUAGCUUUGUGUACAUCUCCCUCUCACUGAUGGUGGCAAUAUUCAUCACCUUGUUAGCCUCAAACACUGAAAAGGCCUCUGUCGGACUGGUGUUCGGGACAGAAGGAUACUUCAACGUGUCAGGUUGGUCCAAUGGUGUUGCCUUCAUGAUUGGCAUCAGCAGCGUCAACUGGGGCUUUUCAUGUCUUGACGCUGCCACUCACUUGGCCGAAGAGAUCCCAGAGCCACGGAGGAACAUUCCGAAAGCGUUGCUUUGGACCGUCGGCAUGGGCUUUAUCGUUGCAUUUCCAAUAAACAUUGCCGUCUUCUUCAAAGCGCCUGACCUGGAGAAUACAUUCUCCAUUCUCGGGGUUCUAUAUGCGGCUUACAGUGACAACGCGACUCCCGCCCUCGCGUUAGGCGCUUUCAUGGUUAUCGCUACAUGGGGUGCUGUAAUUGGAAUGCAUACUUGGCAAUCAAGGAUUGUAUGGUCGAUGAGUCGUGACAGAGCAUUUCCCUUCCACAGCAGGAUGAGUCGGAUUGCACCGGCGCCGUUCCGUACUCCUCUAUGGGCUAUCCUAUGGGGUUCAUGCUGGAUCACAAUCUGUGGCUUUCUUUAUCUCGCAUCGACCACCGCUUUCAAUUCAUUCAUCUCGGCUGGGAUUAUUCUCCAGUACAUGAGUUAUGCAGCGCCCGCGGUGCUCUUGUUGAGAGCGCGUCAUGGCAGCUUUCCGAAAGGGCCUUUUUGGUGGCCUAGAUUUGGCCCAAUCGCCAACCUUGUCGUCGUCAUAUGGACGGUGAUUAUUACAGUAUUCUAUUCCUUCCCUCUGUUUUUACCUGUCGAAGUGAGCGCCAUGAACUAUGUUGUUUGCGUGCUGGUAUUUGCAUAUCUGUACGCAGGGGCUUACUGGGUUUUCUAUGGCCGCAAACACUAUCGCUUGGUGGAUCUUUCAGCCAUCCUUGAUUGA